AUGGAGGAGAGAAAAAACGAAGUGAAUGUGGACCCACUCCAGACGCCGACGCAGAGGAAGCGGGCCACGCGGGUCCCCGCGCAGGGGCGGGAAGGGGGAGCUGGGGGUGCAGGGGCGCUUCAGCUGCGGGAGGGCUGUGCUGCCGCCUUAAAGCAGAGGCCACCAGAUUCAAGGGCCCCAUGGAGGGUUGGGGUGGUGGGCUACUGCUGUCUCGGACAGUCCCUGAUCACCCAUCUGCUGACUCAGGGACCGAAACUUGGCCUAGAACUUGUUUUCGUCUGGAAUCGUGACCCAGGAUGAAUGGCGGGGAGUGUGCCCCCCUCCCUGCAGCUCCAGAACCUCGCUGACCUUGGGGAGAGGCACCCUGACCUUGUGGUGGAAGUGGCCCAUCCCAAAAUAAUCUGCGAAACUGGGCAGAUCUUGCACCAUGCCAAUCUCCUGGUGGGGUCCCCCUCAGCCCUGGCUGACCAGGCCACAGAGCAGCAGCUCCUGGAGGCCUCGCACCGCUGGGACCAUGCCGUGUUCGUGGCCGGGCGGGGGGCCCUCUGGGGCAGUGAGGACAUCGCCAGAUUGGAUGCAGCCGGGGGCCUCCAGAGCAUCGGUAUCACUAUGGCCACACCUCUCAAUGGCUUCCGGCUCGAGGGACCCCUGGCUGCAGCGCUGGGCAGCGCGCCCCACACUGUGCUCUAUGAAGGCCCUGUCCGUGGGUUCUGCCCCUUAGCCCCCCCCAACUCCAACACCGUGGCAGCCGCUGCCCUGGCUGCCCCCAGUCUGGGAUUUGACCGCGUGAUCGGGGUGCUUGUGGCUGAUCUCAGGUGAGCUAAGCUGACCUCACGGACGGACAUGCACGUGGUGGACGUGGAACUGAGCGGACCGCCGGGCCCCACAGGACGAAGCUUCGCUGUGCACACCCACCGAGGGAACCCCGCCGAGCCAGGCGCUGUCACCGGCUCGGCCACUGUCACUGCAUUCUGGCGCAGCCUCCUGGGCUGCUGCCAGCUCCCCCCGAGGCCGGGGAUCCAUCUCUGCUGA